CAGUGACAUGCGCUGAUCACAUAUUAUCGACCUUGACCUAAAUGAGAAUAGAAGUGCCCGGAUGUUACGUUGUGUAUCCAUUUUGUAAACGCAUGUACGUUUAGGAUUAUUUUCAACUUAUUUGCUGACAAUACCCUACCAGAUUGUCUGUAUCGGAAGCUAGAAAUGCGCCAGGGUAUCUAAAAGCAGUAGUUGUAUCGAUAUCGUAGAUUUCAUGGAAAUGUCAAUAGUCACAUCAACUGUACCAUCAUCGGGCUAUGAUGAUGUUCCGCAACAAUUGUCACCAAUAACGUCGGCCGUACUGUCACAACAGAUUCCUAUCUCAAACCUGACCACACCAAUUACUUUAAGUAUCAGCACCCAGCCGGCUAACAGCAAAUGUAACAAUUCAGUAACGACCAAAAGUAUGCCGGUGAAAGCGGGAAACGGGCGAACGCCGACAUGUAAAGUUUGUAAUGAUGAAUCAUCAGGGUACCACUAUGGCGUGGACUCAUGCGAGGGUUGUAAGGGUUUCUUUAGAAGAUGUAUAACACAGGGAAUGACUCACAAAUGCUCAAAUGAUGAAAAGUGUGAAAUAACGCCUUUCACUCGGAAUUCCUGCCAGUAUUGUAGAUUAAAAAAGUGUUUUGCCGUUGGCAUGUCCAGAGAAGCAUCCAGGCUAGGCCGAAGACCAAAGCGAUUAAAAGACUCGAGUGGUAGCGAGACUAAACGUGAGACCAACGUGCCUAUUGCACCCUACCCAUCACCUGCAGAACUUUAUAAACUCAGAAUGGCUGAACUCCAGAGACUUCUCCAACAGAACGGGACCUUCAAGUCUGAACUGAUGCAAGCGUUCCUGUCUGCUGCACAGGUCAGUUUCAGAGAGCAUCAGCGUAAUAAUAAUAGUAAUGACAAUCAGAAAGCCAAGAAGAAUGUUCAACCUGGAAAACAAAACGGUACCGAGUCCGGAUAUACGUCCAGCACAUUGAGCAGUCCUCAGAGUAACGCAAGUCACUCACCAAACGUAGUAGAUCAAAACAAUCAGAAUAAAAACCAUCUGGGUAUCGAUUCAAAAUCUGGAAUUAUCGAGGACCUAGACAAUUUUAAUAUCACUUCUGAUAAAACCUCGCCGGUUGAUAAUAAUCGCACAUUGUCGAGUACAAACACUACAGACAAACUGACGGAGACAGCAGACAUUAAAGUUGAACCUGGACUUGAUAAUAGAGAUUAUUCGACCAUGACAUCUGUUGAUAAUUCAAAUAAUUCAAUGAUGGGCGGAAUGCCUCCAAUGCCUGAUGCUGCGUCACCAUUUCAAAUGCCGGAACUGUCGCCAGAUAUGAUGAUGAUGAUGCCGGACAUGAUGGAGAUGAUGGGAGAUGGAAGCAUGAUGUCGGGAAUGAUGAGUGGAAACAUGCCAGAUAUGAUGAUGAUGGAGCAUCUGCCUGAACCAGAUGAUAAUGCCAAUGAGAUUGAUAUUGAAAGGAUAAUGGAGGAGGUAAAGCAGGUGCCCUCUGAACUGCGACAACAGCUGAUUGAUCAGGUGAUACAGACAGUUUCCGAGGCCCACUUGACGACAGUAACGCCUACGAGGGCAAAAGUUGCCGAGGCUGAUAGGAAUUUUGCUGAGAAAAUUACCAGAGGUGGCAUGCCUGAUCUGUCAAAGUUGUCAAUCAGCCCGUCUCAUAUGUGGCAAAAGAUGAUAAAAAAUAUGGUGUUUGAAAUAACUCAAGCUGUCAAGUUUUGCAAAAAACUGCCCGGUUUUGGUGAGAUUCAACAGGAUGACCAAAUUGUGCUUAUUAAGAAAGGUUCAUUUGAGAUUCUGCUUUGCCGUAUGUGCCUUCUAGUAGACCAUGUUAAGGAGGAAAUGUUUGACCCUCCCAUGGAAAUGAAAUGCCCCAGAAUGAUGAUAAAGAACAUGCCAAUGGGUCCAUUUGUUGAUGAGUUCUUUAAUGUUGCCGAGAAAAUGAACCCACUCAGAUUGACAGAUGAGGAAAUUGGAAUCUUUUCUGCUGCCCUUAUAAUGUGUCCAGAACGCGAGGGACUGACCAAUAUACUGGCUGUGGAAAAAUUGAACACACUUUUCUUACAGUCACUGUAUUAUGAAAUGAGAAAUAAUCAUAAUGACUAUGAAAGCAAAUUUGCUCGGCUGAUGAGCAUAAUCCCUGUGUUUAGAAACGUGAAUAGAAAGCAUUCGAUGGCCUUGAAUGGAAUGAAAAUGCAACGGGCGAACGUGAUUUCAGAAUUUCCGGAACUCCACAAAGAAAUCUUUGAUAUUAAAGAAGAUAAUUAAAAAACUUUUAGGUAUUCAUGAUGAAUUGUGGGUAAAAAGAAAAGUUGAAGAAAAGGGGCUUUCCAAACUGUUCAGAUCUCUUGAAACUCGCUGUUUUGUUUUCUAUUCACAAGUUUGAUGUUCACUAACAUAAUACCAGACUAUCAUAAAGACAUGUUUCAUGGAGCUGUGUAGCUAUUUAUAGAAUUAUAGACUGUGACAUUGACUUGUGAUCAAGAGUAUGGAAAAGCUUGUUGAAACUUUAAUAAGAAGACACACGGUGUCAAGCUUUCAAGUGCUUAGACUAUAGAACUAUUAUAUAAUAUAUAUAUAUUGAUAAAAAGCAGAGGUACAUUCUAGUAUGUAUAUGCUUGUCUUUUCAUGAUAUGAAUAUGAAUCUAUUAAUAUAAUCUGUCUUUUGUAAAGUAAAGUUGUGAUGACUCUUUAAGAUUUACUCAGCAACCAGUUUAUGGCAAAUAUUUUUUUGUUUAAAUGAUAAGAUAUUAUAUGUAUAAGGACUGCUCAUAGGUGCAUGUCAGGGAAAGGUAUAUCUGUCAAUGUCAGUGACUGUCAUCUUGUUCAAACAUGAAAGUUUUUUGCCACAUUUGUUUUCUAUUAAGACAGUUUUGAAUAGUAUCAUUUUAAGUAUGAAUGAUGUACCAUGUUCUGAAGCAAGUUGUGAAAAUUGUUAAUGUUUUUUAAAGGUAAAACAGAAAAAAAAGUUAAAAAAAAAAUUCAUUAGAAAUUAUCUAUAUUAUGUUGUUAAAGAUAAUUCAUUACAUUGUUUUAUGUUGACAUUUUUUAAUACUAUUUUUAGCUCACCUAAGCACAUAGUGCAAAUGUUGACUUAAAAAUCCUUAACCUUGCUGGAACGGUAAGUGACUGAAGCCUUUGCCACCAGUGUAGAGCCAGGCCAGCCUAAGCAUCCAAGGAGAUGCAGUCUAACCAGGCUCUCUACUGGUUGGCUCACUCUAACAUAAAAUUUUCAUUUUAAAGUCACUUGGGUCAAGUGUUGUGUAGCUAAAAAAUAGCUUUUUAUUAAGGGUUUGAUACUCUUAACUUGCCAUGGACAAGAUGAUAGGUAAAUGAAAUAAUGAUGUAGGUGAGCAAUAAAGGGGCAAUCAUGGCCCUCUUGUAAGACUUUUAAGAAAAAAACCUUUAGUCUAUCAAUAUACACCAAUAGUUGAAAAAUGAACAAUCUUCAGUGUUAGUAAAUGAUUUCAAAUAUUGCCAUGAAUAUGUAACCACUCAAAUGUUUAAAUAUUUGUAAUUUCUAGAGAAUUAAAAAAUAGUUAAUUCCUUCAUGGGCUACAAGUUUUCAGAGAUUUGCCUGAAGUUCAGGUUUUUUAUUCUCCUAAAUGCACUCUUCUUUUUCUAUAUAAAACCAGUAAAAAUUAUGUUUAAUUCAGGGUUUUUAAAUUUUGUGAUAUUUAAUUUGCACCCAUGUUUCUUAACAGUAUAGUUAAGUGGUUUUAAUAACUUAUGAUAACUCUCUUGAAAGAAUUAAUUCUGUUUUGACGAGAGACAAGGGUUGUUCUUACGGGGUUCUUUCUUCAUAUCUGUCAAAUGAAAAUAUUUAUUUAAUAUUGUUGUAAACUUUUUCUAAUGAAAUGCAUAGGUGGUAAAAUGCAUCUAAUUCAUCUGUAAAAUGUCUUUAUUAUUGUAAUAUAUAUUUGUUACAUGUAAGUGCUAAGGAACUGAGAACUCUGGAAAGGUUUUUUCUCUGUAAAAAAAAAUAGGCGAUUUACCCUAUGUAAUUGUAUAAAUGAUUUGAAUACAACACCUUGUGAUACCUUAUUUACCGGUUUACAAACUAUAUAUAAUUCAUGACAUUUUCUUUUAAAAUGUUUUGGAAAUGUACUGUUAAAAUAUACAUUCUUUUAGUAAGAAAAAUUUUUCUUGAUUAAUUUUUUUUUUUUUAACUUGAUAAGAAAUAUAUCUUGCUUUGAAAUAUAGUCACUGACUUUAUAGGGCUGUUCAAUCAGUUAUUUUGAUCUUUUUUUAUUUUCUGGAAGCCAAAAUGAGUUUUUAUUGAUCAAAAUAGCAUUUAGAAUUUUUAUAUAGACAAUCAAGAAGCCAAUUUUAAUGUAAUUUAUAUGUGGUUAUUUUUAGACUCAAUCUUGUUGAGAUUUUUUGCAGUUUAUUCUCUUUAUUGAAGACUCAAUUUUAAAAACACACACCAAAUGAAUGUUAAGAAAUUUACAUUUUAAUACGGUCAUAUGGUUUCUUUUUUGUUUGUAUUUUUUUAGUCGGAGUACUCAUUAAAGUUUUAUCAUGCAAUAGUAACAUUAUUUUACAAUAUUGUCCAUUGUUUUUUAACAUUUUGAGAAAUUUUAUUGGUGAAAUAUUUUACGGGUGAACUGAACUGCUUCACGCCCAUGUUUGUGAUAUUAGAAUUUAAUUUGUAUAUAUUUUACAGCAUUUUAGAACAUGUUUUACUCAUGAAAUAUUCAAAUCUAUUGGUGAUUAAUGUUUCUACUUUGAUAUAAAUAGUAAGUACAUGUAUUACUUACAAAGUGACGGCUAAUUCUGUUAUUUUAAGUCACACUUUCUCAUUUGUAUCGGGUUUUAUUUCAUCUUUAUUUCAUUGAACAUAUUGCAUUUUUUUCAUAUAAGUGAGAUGUUAAUUGAAAAAAAAGAAAUAUUGUGCUGUUGAAAAAUAUAUACUGUGAAAAUAAUAAAAGUUUAGAAACACCAAUUAAA